CUACUACCACCACUACCACUACUACAACUAGUUACUACUACAACAACAACAACAACAACUACUACUACUACUACUACUACUACUACCAUCUCUGAUAUACCGCCGUCCAUUCUCUCGUGAAUUGAUCGAUCGAUCCUCCUCUCCUCCUACAAAUCAACACCGUGGAGACUUUCUCUCUCGACGGCUUGCUGCCUUGGAACAACGCUGGAGGGCUUCGGUAGGACCCAAGGCACGCUCCGGCGGAAAAAGGAGAAGACAAAGCAGCAGCAAAAGAGGAAGAGGAAGCAGAUCAAACAAAGCCGUCCAUCCCACGGGCUGCGUCCCUUCUGCGCAAUGCUCACAAAGAAGUCUCUCCAUCCGCCUCUGUUCUCUCGGAAUCCCACCCCCAGCUCCACCCCGCCGGAACUCUCGCCCACUUCUUCCUCGUCAGAUACCGAUUCGGACGAGGAUAUGGACUCUACCGCCUCGGGUUCGCGUCCCACCAGUCUCGCCGUGCCCCCGGGCGCCUUCUGUGCCAUGCGGCCGACCCUCGACGAGGUCCUCGCCAACACUGCUCCUCCGCCCUACACUCUAAGCGCCUUCAUGGCCUACCUGUCGCAGAACCACUGCCUGGAGACCCUCGAGUUCACCCUCGAGGCCAAUCGCUACCGUGACACCUACGUCUCCUUCUCCCACCAACUUACCAACCACCCUCCUCCCCCCUUCGCCCCCGAUGGGCCUGAAAGCCAACACCUACGUAUGCUCUGGCAGCGCCUGCUGGCCGCUUACGUUCUGCCUGGCGCCCCGCGCGAGGUUAACCUUACUAGCGAGGUGCGCGACGAGUUGUUGCGUCACACCGAUGCCUCCUGCGCCCCGCCCCCGGAGACCCUCGACUCCGCCGUCAAACGUGUCCAUGAGCUCAUGGAGGAGUCUAUCUUCCUCCCUUUUCUCAACAGUCACUCCGCCGCCGCCCAGGUCGUGCCCCUCUCGGAACCUCUGUUCGGCUCGGAUGAGGGCAUCAUGCCCCUCUCCUCCGCUCAUCAUCACUACCACCCCCACAACAACAACAACAACAACAACAACCACUACCAAGACGAAGGUGCCACUCCACGAGUUCGUUCCCGCCGCCGGCUCUCCCCGCAGGCCUCCACUCGCGAUCUCGGCUCGUUUCUAUCUGGCAGCAGUGGUAGCCAUUCCGGCCGCUCCAACUUCUCCCUCAGCGCCGUCACCUCAAUCGGCAAGUCCAGUAGCGGCAGUCGCACCCCGGGUGGUGGCCCCGGCGAGUCUGCUUCGCCCAUUCUGACCGAUGACACGGGUAGCCUAGGCUCUGGCGCCAGCGUCGGUGAGCCCAUGACCCCGCCCACCACGCCGCCGUCAAACGAACCUUUCAUGAGUCUCGCCCACAGCCCCAAGACCCGCACGGAAAACCCGUGGAAGAAGAUGGGUAUGAAGUUGGGGUUCAAGAAACGCUCCAACGGAGGAAACUCCACCAGCCGGGAUUCCCGGUUCGAAGAAUGACUCUUGAUACGUCCACGUUUUACCUACGUCGACCUUCCACGUUGACCCCUCGGUCUUACUCCUAGCAUGACACGUUUCAUAGACCCGCGUUCCUCCUGCAUAACCUACAGCAGACUUGGUCUUUUUUUUUCUUCUUCUUCUUCUUCUUCUUCCUCUUCACCCC